GGCGGACGGACGAGCCGGGGAUGCGGCUCGCGGGUCCCGGGCAGCAGAGGUGUUGGUGCCAGAAGAAAAGAAUGAUUGAUGAGAAACAGACACCAGGCUGUAGACACUCAUCCUUUUGCUUCAAAUACUGAUUUAUCAGUGUGUCUGGGCAUCCCUUGUGAGCUGUGAACACGGAGGAUCACUCAGGGUUAUCGACAGUACAGCUGAAGACCUGCAACUUUGCUAAAAUAUUAUCUGCUUUUGGACAUCUUUCACAAGAAGCCCUGAUAGAUAUGUUUUAAGACAAAGGACAAGCUGCACAUUUCUGUGAAAGGCUAUCAUUUGAGUAUGUUAGGCUUCCACCAAAGUCUUCAACCUAGUAAAGCAAGCACCGUAUCCUAAUACUUCACAUUUGAUUUGGAACCUGUUUUAUAACAUACAGGCAUACAUGCAUAUAUAUGUAUAAUUCAUAGACUGUACUAAAAUCAACACUGGUUAUAAUUACCAAGGCAAUUUAAAAGGAUUCAGAGAUGUAUUUGUCAAGAUUCCUGUCACUUCACGCCCUUUGGGUUACUGUAUCUUCAGUGAUGCAACAUUAUCCUUCAGUGUGGGGACAUUAUGAUGUAUGUAAGACUCAGAUAUAUACAGAAGAAGGGAAAGUUUGGGAUUACAUGGCCUGUCAACCUGAAGCCAGAGAUAUGAUCAAAUAUGUGAAAGUGACCCUGGAUCCCCCUGAUAUAACAUGUGGAGAUCCUCCUGAAACUUUCUGUGCAAUGGGGAAUCCCUACAUGUGCAAUAAUGAAUGUGAUGCAAGUACACAAGAGCUGGCACAUCCACCUGAACUAAUGUUUGAUCUUGAAGGAAGACAUCCCUCCACAUUUUGGCAGUCUACAACUUGGAAGGACUACCCAAAGCCUCUCCAUGUUAACAUUACCCUCUCCUGGAACAAAACCAUUGAAUUAACAGAUAACUUAGUUAUCACCUUUGAAUCUGCACGUCCAGACCAAAUGAUCCUGGAGAAAUCACUUGACUAUGGGCGAACAUGGCAACCCUACCAGUAUUACGCUACAGACUGCUUAGAUGCUUUCCAUAUGGAUCCAAAAUCAGUGAAGGAUUUAUCACAGCACACAGUUCUAGAAAUCAUUUGCACAGAAGAAUAUUCAACUGGGUACAUGACAAAUAGUAAAAUAAUCCACUUUGAAAUCAAAGAUAGGUUUGCAUUUUUUGCUGGACCUCGGCUUCAUAAUAUGGCUUCCCUGUAUGGCCAGCUUGAUACAACCAAGAAGCUAAGAGAUUUCUUUACUAUCACAGACCUGAGGCUAAGAUUGUUAAGGCCAGCCACUGGAGAAAUAUAUGUAGAUGAGCAACAUUUGGCACGCUACUUUUAUGCAAUCUCUGACAUAAGGGUAUAUGGAAGGUGCAAGUGUAACCUUCAUGCCACUAGCUGUAAAGAAGAAAACAAAAAAUUGUUUUGUGAAUGUGAGCAUAACACUACAGGCCCGGACUGUGGGAAAUGCAAGAAGAAUUAUCAGGGCCAACCUUGGAGCCCUGGCUCAUAUCUGCCUAUACCUAAAGGCACAGCCAAUAUCUGUAUUCCCAGUAUUUCCAGUAUUGGUAAUCCUCCAAAGUUUGAUAGGAUAUGGCCGAAUAUUUCUUCCCUUGAGGUUUCUAAACCAAAUCAAGUUGCUCCCAAAUUAGCUUUGUCAACUGUUUCUUCUGUUCAAGUUGCAAACCACAAGAGAGACUGUUAUUGUAACCCUUUUGGUUCAGUCCAUGAUCGCUGUAAUGACACAGGAUUUUGUGAGUGUAAGAAGGGGACAUCAGGGCCUAAGUGUGAUAAGUGUCUGCCGGGAUAUAUCUGGCACAGCUUGGGCUGUCAACAAAAUGUAUGCGACAACGAACUACUACAUUGCCAGAAUGGAGGAACAUGCAUCAACAACGUGCGAUGCCAGUGCCCUCCAGCUUAUACUGGCAUUUUAUGCGAGAAGUUGAAGUGUGAAAGGGAUCCAGGAGGCUGCAACCAAAAUUCGGCCCAGAGGGCAAUAUCACAUGGCCCUCUAUUACUGCUGACUGCUCUACUAGGAGUAACUGGACUUUUCAUAUUCUAGACCCCAUAUGGUCGAUGGCAUCGUUGUUCAGACUGCUUCAAAUGGAAUGUGCCACAUGAAAGAAAUAUAGAAUCCAAGCAUUUGCUACUAAAAUAAAAAAGAAACAGAAAAAAAACCACAUAUAAAGUAAGAAGGCCUAACUGAACUAAGCCAUAUUAAUUAAUUGUGGACAGCGCUCUGAGUCAAGACUGUUAAUUUCUGACUCAAGACAAGUUGGCAGCUGCCAAUUCUAUUACUGCAAAUCACAAUGCCAGCUGCAAAGCUUACACAGGAUUGAAAACGCUUUGACAGCCCCCAAAAUGGAAAAUAAAAACAUUUGCUACUCCAAUAUGGUGCGCUACUGUACCUCUGCCCAGUGUGUGGACCAACCAAAUAGAGGCAUUCUUUGCUGUCAGUGCAUUGUGGGUAUAAGGAAAUCUGUUCAAGCUGCCAUAUUGGCCUGCUUCAAUCCCUGAAUCCUUUCCAACCUGUGCUUUAGUGAACGUUGCUCUGUAACCCUUGUUGGUUGAAAGAUUUCUUUGUCUGAUGUUAGUGAUGCACACGUGUAACAGCCCCCUCAAUAAAACUCAAGCCAGUCAUAUCCUUGUAUAUCUUAGCAGCACUGCAUCAUUAAGAUGCUGUGUUCACCUAUUGUACAAGAGUGGCUAUAGGACAAAAGUGUAUUUAUCCUUUUGUAUUCAAAUGAAGUUAUUUUUCUUGAACUAAUGUACAAUGUAGAUUUUUUGUAUUAUUGCCAAUUUGUGUUACCAGACAAUUUGUUAAUGUAUUUAAUUCUAAUCAGAUAUGAAAAAAUAUUAGUUUUUAUUUGGUCCUUUUUUUCCUUUCAUUUAAUUGUGCAGAGAUUUCUCUGUAUGGGCAACGUGCUGGCAUCAAAGAAUAUCAGUUUACAUAUAUAACAAGUGUAAUAAGAUUCCACCAAAGGACAUUCUAAAUGUUUUCUUGUUGCUUUAACACUGGAAGAUUUAAAAGAAUAAAAAUUCCUGCAUAAACAAUUUCAGGGGAUUUGCAUUGCUGUUUUUUAAAGACUAUUUAAAGGAAACGCUUUCCUUGAUCAUUUUACCAUCUUCUAUAUGAAUAAAAUGUAAAUUAAAAGGUAGAAUGCAGUUUGCAGUGAAGUCUAACACUUUUUUUUCUUUUGCAAACCAACCCAAAAAUAUCUAGAUAUUUAGAAAAAUGUACAAAACUCCAAGGACCACCCCACCACACAGUAUUUAAGCUCCCAGCUCCUACCAUUAUUCUCUCAGGUCAUCACUGUUAUUAUCCCAAGGCUACUUUUUCAAAGUAUUAGGGAGGAUUGUGGGUUUAUUUUUAUUAUUUUUUUAUUCAUGCAGCUUUUGGAUUGACAGUAAUGAAGAACUUAUAGUCAUGGCUUAAAUUGGUAUCUCCUAAAGCUUCAUUAAAAUGAAAUGUUUAUAUAUGUACAAUACAAGUCUGCCUCAGAAAAUGCAAAAGCAGCAGCAAUCACAAAAAGGGAGUUUGGUGAUUUCACUUUUAAUAAAGUCAAAUUUAGCACUUAGAGGGAGUGUCAAAAUAUACAGCAGCAAGUAGAUAAAAAGUGCUGCUCCAGCAAAUAAAGUUUGUUUUAAGUAUUGCCUAAGGUGUAAUAAAUUCUUGGUUUUGCCUGUUAUUAGGCCAAUUAGUGUGUGUGACAACAAGAGAGAGAGAGAAAAGUUGUGGCAACGCACACCACAGCAGUGUUUCAAAGACAAAGAAAAUCAAAAAGUAAUAACAGCACGUGUUCAUUUCCAAACAAUAUUUGACAUGUGCAGUGUAAAUAUUUUACCAAUAGUAAUAGCCUAUGAAAGAAAACAAUUAAUCUACACAGGCAGCAUUUUUAAGAUCAAUAUAUUCUACCUGGACUCUUGUUCCUUCAUGUUGGAUAGACUACAGUUUUGUAAACUAAAUUAUUUUGAUAGCUUCCCUACUGCGAAGUAAAAUAAAAACCAGUAAACUAAUAGUUUUCCAGUAAACUAGUAAAUACCCAUAGAAAUGCUGGGGCAGGGAGGGAGAACAUUUUUCUCAGUUUUGUUUCUAAAAGAGCCCAUACGAAGGGUGUCAAUACAAGUAAACAGAUAAUACUUGUUCAGGCUAACAUCCUAGCCCUGCCUGUGGAACAUUUGUUACUCAUACUGACAUUUUCUUUCGGUGUGCUGUAUAAGAUACUUAAUCACGGGUUUGGCCAUGUGCCAGGAUUGCCUACAUAAAAUUGUAGAUUUACAGUAGAAGCAUACCCACGACAAUAAACAGAAAAUUAUAUUGCAGUCUCACUGCAGAAUAUAAAUGCAAAUACAGGUGGCAUACAGAGCUGAAGAUUACUUAUAAUUAAGUGGAUUUCUAAUUUAAAAUGUGGAAUUUAAGUUGUCUUAAAGUUUAUUAGUACAGACCAAAUGUAGACCAUGUCAUUAUUAGAAAGGAUGCACUUUAACUGUCAUUAUGCACUUGAGAUUUUGUAAAAGUUCUCAGAAGACAUGUUUUGCACGUUUGCUUAUGAGAGACUCUGCCACCCAAUGCUAAAGUAAAAUGAAUAUCAUACCUUAA